UACACAUUGACGUUUAUUAAACUUUGAGAUAGUCGAGCUGUUAACGUACACUCGACCGGGUCAUCAAACAGACCCGUGACUUUUCUGAUAGUUCAGUCGACAUCAGUAUUCCCAACGGUCGCAACAAUGUUGUCUCCAGAUGGAAUACUACAUACGUUAACAAUAUCGGGGAUAUUGCUGAUCGCUAGUUCUAUAGUGAAUGCAAAUUAUUUAUUCGAAAAUGGGAAGAAGUACACUUACUCGUAUUAUACGGAAGUUAGUUCUGGGGUGUUGUUGCCUUCGAGAGCUGCAUCCACCUGGGGAUUGAAGGGUACUCUGGACGUAGAAACUACCGAUUCUGCUGUUUACCUACAGCUGCACUCAACGGAGUCUUUCAUCCGAAAUGGUCCAGAUAAUCAUGAAGAGGACAAUGCAUCCAUCAAAGAGAAAAUUGUAGAUCUCCAGAAACCCUUUCAAUUGAUCUAUAAAGACGGACUGAUCACCAAUUUUAGCGUGGGAACCGAAGCCGCCUGGGCGACGAAUAUAAAGAGAAGUAUAGCUGGCCAUUUCCAGCUAGAUUUGGUGACUCUUGAUAAAGAAUUUGCUUUCCAUUCUUUGGAAAGUAAUCAUUAUGGAAAAUGUAAUAUCGAGUAUGUGGUGACCCCUGAUGAUAAUAAAAUGGUCAUAAGGAAAUUUUUCGAUCCUCGCACGUGUCAAGGGCAUCCACACAGAACUUGGACCAAUGUACCGAGAUUAGAGUGUCCAAAUAGAGAUGAGAAUCCAGUGAUGAAGUCAUCUGAACGACUGUACAACGUUGAAGCCCACGACAACCACAUAACAAUAACGCUUAUCAACGCAACGGGUGAGGUCUAUAUUCAGCCCUUCCAAAGUCUCGGUGAAGCCCAAUUUCUUUUCACAAGACAGAUAAUCCAAUUGACUGGAAUAACCGACGCUUUACAAGCUCAGAAAACUGAUAAAUUUACGGAGCUUAAUCUCCAAUACGAGCUCCCUGAGAACGACUUAUCUCAGGGUCGAGGUGAUCUGUCAAAAGAUAAAAUAUUUAAAGGAAUAUCUGGCCUGCUAGAUCGUCUGAGUCAGAGAUUGGAGAAUCCAGGUUUAGAUACCGACAUCGAUCACCUUCACAAUAAAACAAUAUCGAUUUUGUUAUAUUAUUUGGGACAGUUGAAUAGGUCAGAUCUUCAGGCUGCCUACAGGAACAUCUCUGGGACGAGUUACAAGGAGGAGACAAUUCGCAAUAUGUUUUUAGAGACUCUUCCACAGAUAGGAACUAAGGAGUCAGCACUAUUUAUUCUUGAGCUUAUCCAGCAGAACAAAGUUUCCCACAUAACGGCAAUGCAAUUGCUCACACAAUUGCCCUUCCAUAUUCGUAAACCAGAUGUCCAAUUGCUGGUGGGUCUCCAACCGCUCCUGAACUUGGGCUAUAAAACCUCAAUUGAGGUGAGGAACACGGCCAUCCUCACGUUCGGAACCCUCAUUUACAAAACCUGCAUGGUCUACUGUCCCUACGAGAUGCUGGACGAUUACGUGCGCUUGUAUCUUGACAAAUUUACAGAAAGCGAAAUUUACGAGAAGAAGAUGAUCUGGUUGGAGGGACUCUCUAACAUUCAAUUAGGAAGAGUCGUUGAGUUCCUGGAACCAAUCGCAAGUGGAAACAGCGUUGAGUCGAGGCAUUUAAGAGUCUUGGCUGCUUGGGCUUCUCUACCAACAGCUCCACUACGACCUGAUGUCAUCUACCCAGUGUACUGGCCAAUUCUGGUGAACAGGACAGAACAUUUGGAGAUGAGAAUUGCUGCUUUGACUCUUUUAAUAGUUUCAAAUCCCUCGGCUAAUCGAAUUAUCUCGCUCUAUUGGUAUAUCCAGGGAGAACCCAAUGUUCAUCUCUACAACUACUUCUAUACGAGCCUGAAGUCUAUGGAGAGGACAACGUUUCCCUGUUACAACCACAUUCGAACAAUGGCGGGACAAUUCACGAGAAUUCUCCGAAAGCCGGACAAAAAUAGUCCCGUGAUAACUGGAAAUUAUCUUUUCGAUUAUCAAGAUACAAAGAGGAAUUUUGGAGCUAUGAUCCAGAGCAUAAUAAUCGCGAGUCCUUCAUCCAACAUUCCAGAAGUCGCUUACUUUACAUUGAACAGUCAUGGAAGUGGAACGACUUUCAAUGACUUUUCUCUCUAUGUGAAAGCUACGGGGCUUAUGCAGUCCCUCUCGAGUUAUUUGGAAAAUCCAAUCAAAGUCAAAGACAUUCUCAAACAUUUCAAACUCAAUAAAAAGGCCAAGGAGCCCAUUCACCUCGAAAUGAUCGUCAGGGUCCAGCAGAAGGCGAUUUUAUGUCUUCACUUCAAUGAAACAAAUAUUGCAAAUGCAGUGUCGUUUCUGUCUGCACUUCCCGAUAAUACUUAUCACAUCUACAAGAAUAUGGAGUUUCACGUGAAUCAACAGAGAAUAAACGUCCCUCUGACGAUAGAGUCCAUUCAAGCCACCGAUCUGGGAACGACGGCUCGCAUAGCCGCCACGGCUACUUCCUUGUUCUCAAUGAGGGGAAAUUUUACACAUUUCCCCGGGGGCAGGAGCAAUCAUGUGAUCUUUCGCACUGCUAUCCAUGGAACGCAAAUCGUGGAGAAUUACAAUCCGAUAUUGGAUGUUUGGCAUACAGCAGAACGUGCACUAUCCAUUCAUGGAUAUCUCCCAGCGAAUGUUACAGUUGGACUCAAAGAGAAACUAUUUUUAUCUUAUAAUACACCUGCAGAGUACCUCAGGACUGGGGUGACCAUUCACACGAGCACUGCAACGACAAUUACGGGAACGAGAGCCAAAGCCAAAAUUUCGCGCAUAUGUCCAAACUGUUCUCUUCAACAUACUGUGAGAAAAGGGGGAGACAUGCUGCAAGAUAAAGUAGUUCUUGAGACCAUUGUCCCUGAGCUGGGGGGUCGAGUACAGUUGAAGGUUUUUGAUUGUCAGAAACAAAUCAGUUCGAGUGAUUUAAUCAAUGAUAUUCUAUCUCAUCAUCAUGGUAAUCAUCACUCAUGGACAGCUGCACGAUUCCCCUUGAUGGCGAUUCAUCUGCUGGAUUAUUUGAGUUACGUUCCUCCAAGUGGCAGCUGUGGGCUGUCUAUCUACAUCGAGCCUUUUAAUAUUCAACCAUCAGAAGUGAGGCUCGAGGCUUUAAAGAAUGGAAAUCGAUACAUGUUGUCCUUGGUCAGGAGUGAGCUGGAAUCUAUGAAGGUUCUUCAAGAAUGGACACUAGCAGCUCUUUACGAGUCGACGAGCUGGUUCUCGGAUAGUCUAAAGGUCAAAGCCAGCAAGACUAUAGACGAUGGGAGAGUUUUUAAGUUUUGCGUGGAAGUCAACAGAUUCACUCCUUGGAGUUGGGAUUUCUUGAGCACAAAACACUCGGACCCGGCGUCAGUUAACCUGAAUAUGGUCUGGGGAUAUGGAGAUUCUGCCAAGGGAACGUGCACUGGUGCGAGUCUGUCGAUGGAUCUUGCUGCUGAAGUCAGUGAGGAUCAAAUUGAGGAGAGCAAAGAGGAUGUCUGGCCUUAUAAGCAGUGCAGGCAACAGUCCUAUGGAAAAAGUAUAGUUCCUUAUACCCCAGCUUGUUACGAAACUUCCAGGGAACUGUCGACCCUGAGAAAGUACCAGAUACUUGUUUCCUACCAAAAUCUACCCGAGGAUAUGAUGAGCUUGAUAUGGAGAGUGAGGGCUUUGUAUGACCUCAUUGGGGGCAACAGUUCGUACGUAAAAAAUGACAAUGAAUUUCUGAUUGUCGCGACCUUCCCAACGGACUCGACAGAUGCUACAAUGAGUGUUAACAGAAAUGAAGUUUCCAUUCGAUACGAUCAGGAGAUCGUGGAGUCAAUCCUCGCGAGGACAAGGCUUCAUCGAUAUAUCGACAAUGUCGUACGACGAGCCUUCUUCAGCUUCUGUACUAUCUCGAGGGAAAGUAUUUACUCAGCUCAUAAUGCCACGAAAUCCACAGAAAGUGAAAAGGAGUAUCUAGCUUUAGGACAUUGCAGUGAUCAGAACCCUGGGUUUGCGUUGACUGCGAGGAUUGAUGAGGCUGGGCUUACUUUGAUGAUUUAUGAUGCUGUUGAUAAUGUCAAGAUUAUUCCUGAUGGGAGUGGAGGAGCCGUUUUUAAUUAUGAAAAGAAAGUUAUGAUUAGCAGGAACUUUGAGUGGAAUGCAUUGAAUUCAAAGAGAUUCAGAAUGGACAAACAAUCAGUUCAUGUAUUCAUAAGCAACAUUCUAACGUUCGUUCACUACACUCAAGACCAAAUACUCGUUUUCUUCCCCAAUUACAUUCAAGAAUUCACGUGUGGUGUUUGUACUGCCAGCAGUUUUGAUGACUCAGGAUUAUAUGAUAGACUUUAACAAAUUCAUCUAUCGAAUUGUAAUGUUAUUUAUGAACGUAGGGGUGUGAAGAAAAUUAAAGAAAUAAAUAUUA